GCGACGCGGUCCGAGUAUCAAGCUAGUUUGUGAGUUUUCCAGUCAUCUGGUCAAUGAAAAUCGGUGCUGUCCAUACAUAGGCAUCGGAUCGCUGCGGUCACAAAUGCACUGGCGAAAAUCCCUGUUUUAUCUGCCCCAAUGGGAGACGGCUGGGAGUGAAUGACGGAGAUUCGGACGGGUUUUUAGCUGCAGGAGUGUGUGAGAGUGUAGCUACUGCCUCUUCAGCCUCUAACGGCUUUUUCUGGAGGGAAAGAAUAAAAACACUGAGGAGAUAACGUUCAAUUUACAGGAUUCAGCAAGGAAACAACAGCUGGAUUUAAGGAAAAGGCAGGGAAAGGCAGAAGAGCAGCUGCAGCCGCCGCCGUCGGAGGAGGAGAGCUGUCAUGACGGGAGUGGGAGCUGAAGAUGACAUCCCACUUGGUGAGAGGAAAACUGUCACAGACUUUUGCUAUCUUCUGGACAAGUCCAAGCAGCUCUUUAACGGCCUGAGAGAUCUCCCUCAGUAUGGACACAAGCAGUGGCAGUCUUAUUUUGGACGUACCUUUGACGUCUACACAAAGCUGUGGAAGUUUCAGCAACAGCACAGGCAGGUGCUGGACAACCGAUAUGGCCUCAAGAGGUGGCAGAUUGGAGAGGUGGCGUCCAAAAUCGGCCAGCUCUACUACCAUUACUACCUCCGUACCUCGGAAACAAGUUACUUAAAUGAAGCAUUUUCCUUCUACUCGGCCAUCCGCCAGCGGUCGUAUUACUACCAGGUCAAUAAGGAGGACAGACCUGAGUUGGUAGUGAAGAAGCUGAGGUACUAUGCUCGAUUUAUUGUGGUUUGUUUGCUGCUCAACAAGAUGGACCUGGUCAAGGUUCUGGUUAAGGAACUAUCUGAAGAGAUUGAGGACUACACCCAGCGCUUCAAUACAGAAGACCAGUUGGAGUGGAACUUGGUGCUUCAAGAAGUAGCUGCUUUUGUGGAGGCAGACCCUGUUAUGAUCCUGAAUGAUGACAACACCGUGGUGGUUAAGUCCAAUCGGCUGCAGGAGGGAGGUGUGCCCCAGUUAGAACCUGGCAUGGUGGUUGGCCAGCUCACCUUGGCAGAUGCCCUGAUUAUUGGAAACUGCAACAGUCAGGUGAAGUUCAGCGAGUUGACCAUCGAUAUGUUCCGCAUGCUCCAGGCGCUUGAGAGGGAACCAGUGAACCUGGCCACGCAAACCACCACCAAGCCAGGGACACUUGUAAGAGAAGACUCUUACACCCUCCCUGUCUCUCUUACUGAGCCCAGUGAAAAGCCAGCUAAGCGGGAGAACCCACACAAAUACCUUCUGUACAAACCUACCUUCAGUCAGCUCUACACCUUCCUGUCAGCCUCCUUCAAGGAGCUACCUGCCAAUAGCGUGCUGCUGGUGUAUCUGUCAGCUACUGGUGUCUUUCCAAGUUCACGUUUGGAAUAUGAAGGGCCUUAUGAUGUUGGAGGUGUUCUGACCAAUACUAAUCGAGAUGUUGUAAACGGCGAGACGGUGCAGAAAAGAAACCAGGCACAGAAAGAGAUGCAUUGCCUUCACCCAGGAGACCUAUUUCCCUUUACCAGGAAACCCCUUUUCAUCAUCGUAGACUCAACAAACAGCACAGCAUACAAGAAUUUCUCUAAUCUGUUUGGCCAGCCGCUGGUGUGCCUCCUCUCUCCUACCGUUUAUCCCAAGAGCAUGCAAGACCAAUCCCAGCGUGGGAGUCUCUUCACUCUCUUUCUCUACAACCCUCUCAUGGGCUUCUUGUCCAUCUGUGGGAUAACCAGCAUGCGACAGGGAUUGUGGGAAAAGGCCCAGGAGUUCCUGCGGAAGAUUUCCCAUGACAUUGGCCAGAUGCUCACCAGCUCUCGAGCUAUCGACCAGGCCUUCCUGCAGUUCUAUGGAGAUGAAUUUUUAAGGCUGCUAAUGAUCCGCUUCGUGUUCUGCUCUGCUACUCUCCGACUCCACAAGCUCUUCCGGGAAGCGCGAAGUGUUCCAGACUCCUACCCUCAGCUGCCCAAACAGGAGAUGGUGGAGAACAGCCUUCUGCAGAAACACAUACUGGAGCUGGCCUCUAUGCUAGAUGUGCAGAACCUCUUCAGUGAUGGCAUGUUGGAUAACUAUUGACCACAUGGUGGCACUCUGGUACUGUGCCAUUGUUCACCCUCAGCCGCACGCCUGCAUUCACAUGCAUACGCAUUACAGAUCUCAUAGGUAGGCCCUUCCUUAAACACCUUCUGUAUAUUUCGGCCCUCUCCGAUGAACCUCUAUAUAUUUAGAUCUAGAUAGUUUUUACCAAUUCAACAAGUGAAACGUUUCCAUCUUUGUGGUCAGAUAUUUAGAGGUUUACCAUUUUUACAUAUAUUUUGAGAUUUUAAAAAGCUAUACACUCACCUACAGAUAAUUGCCUGCAGCAUUCACGACUGCACAUUGGGUUCUAUGUGCAUGUUUAAUUGUGUAAUGCAGUCACACCGAGGCAGACUCGAGUGAGGGCAGAUAUAUCGUGGGUAGGAGAGGUAGAUCGGUCUGUAGAGGUCGGUGAAGAAGUGAGAAAUGAUUUCACUUAAAUUUCACAAAACAAUACUGCCUGGUAAUAUAGUAAGAUUUUAUUAAUACAUAAGGUUUUUCUUUUUUUUUUUUUUUCUUUUUGCGUUCUCCAAUUUAAGCCUUGGCCUCUGUAACGUUUACAUAACUUGUCUAUAGAGAGUGGAAUGCAUGUGCAGUUGUUUGCAUCGAUGUUCAAUUUUUUUGGUUGUUGUUUUUGCUAUAUGUCUCUUUACUACUACUCACAUGCAUUCGUUUACAUUGUGUGUUCUGUGAACUCAAGUCUGGCCUUUUGGACCUCAGAGCAUUUUAACCAUUCAACAACUUUGUUUUCUACGUUCAAAACGACUACACGCAAACACGGAAUCUUGGAUUUUACCUUUUUCCACAGGAUUCUGUUUUUUUUAGCAUGUCUUUCAGUAGUGUGGUCAUACCAUACCUACAGUACAUAGCUGAUGUCAUAACCUGAUGUCUAAUUUCAUGUGUGUUGUGGACACCUAUAGCUGAAACUCAUUUUCUUUUUUAUAACGUUACUAAGAUCUACAAGCUGCUAUUCCUAAACAUAGGGAUGCAGAGUGAAUUGUAAAUAUUUAAAUGUAUAGUUAAUAUAAGAACAAAAAUGUGAUGCAGGGAGGCUAUCUGUGUCUAUCUCAACUUUUUGUCAUAGAUGACCUGUGAAAAGCUGACCUUCUGCAUGUUAACUGAGACUGUGUCUGUGCAAUGUUCAUGAGUGGACCAGGAUGCUGUCCAAUUACGCCCCCUAGAGGUAUGUAAGAAAGUGCAGCAAGUGUACAUUCCAAGGACAAACUGCAAAAGAAUCUUGGAGAACCUUUACCCUUUAUUUCCCUCUUUUAGAAACGUCUAAACGUAUAGACGAGAAAUUGAUCGAUAGGAUGGUUAUUUUGUUUAUUAUAUGAAUUCAUGAUGUUGUUGAUAAUAAUAAUAACGACUAUGACGAUGAUAAUGACGAUAAUGAUGAUAGUUUUGCACUUUACUGUAUUGAAGUUUGACCUGAUGUUGUUGUUUGUUGUGCUGUUGGUAACAGGCAUGUCUUGAAAUGACCCAUUCCAUUGUCUGUUACAAUCCUCUUGUGUGGAAAAAUUCCUUUGAAACUUUUUUUCUAUCCAAAAAAAAAAAAAAAAAGCACAUUCAUUUUGAGCUGUCAGCCAUGAGCCAUGUUCAGCACAAGUUAAGGCGGGCUUGAGCCGUUCAGAUAGAGUUAAACGUCUUUUUACAGACUACAGACUUUCUUUAAAUAAGAGUGAAUGAGUUUUGGCCAUAUUUUUUGUGUUUUUAAAGAUUGACUUUUCUUCCCCAUGCAUGCUAUAAAUCACUGGCCAUUUGCAACAGUCGGAGGGUGAAGCUAUGUACACAAGUUUUGAUGGUGGGCGAUCACAUAGGACCACCAUAUUGUUUGUCUAAAGAGCACAAUAGUCCUUUUGGUAUGGCCUACCAUUUACUGUCCUUCAGAUAAUUCCUAUUUAAGAAGCUAUUCAGCCAGCGACUUUACCUCUUUUAAACACAUCUACACUUAAAACUAAAGGCACUUCAGAAGGUAGUUUGUGCAAUGCCAGAGAAGAACCAUUUAUGUUAUUCACCAGCCAUUCUUAUAAAGAAAUCUCUUAUUAAAAAGACUUAUUUAUACUGCCUUUCAGCGUGAAAAUGAACACGUCUCUUUCAAAUAAAGUAACCUUCUUUGCCCACAUACUUUUUUACAUUGUUAAUGUUGGUAUGGAUUUUAAGGAUCAGCAUAAACAAGCCUUUAUGCAGUUUUCACAAAGAUGUUGCAGUUUAGCCAUGCUUUAUUUGAUAUGUAUAUGGACAAUUUACAUAUCAUGAUCUGAUACUUGAUAUAGAUUUUUUUUGUGAGGACAUUACUCAAAAAAUAAUUUAGGAAAAAUCUUAAGACGCUCUUGAAUAUUUUUUGUGCUAGAAAUGUUCAAAUGUGAAAAACUGGCAUGGUCUCUCGCUACAGUUUAGAAGUGUAAAUUCAUGCUUUAUGCCCCUAAAUGGGGACAAACUUUACACAUGCCUUUCUACAGAAUCAGUAUCCCUGCCAGAGUUCUCCUGCCUGCUUCACCAGAGUUACCUAGUGCAGUUAGCUGCAUGUCCAAGUCCAGAGAAGCAGUAUUUCUUCAUAUUACAGACCACAGUGGAGCAUCACAGUAAUUUCGAAGCUGUUAUAUUAACAUUAAAUGCUACAUAAAGUUUCUUUAAAAUGGUUAAAUUAACCAGUUUUCUCUUAGUGGUUCUUCUACUGCAUUGCUCCAAGCACCAGCUGAAGCCUCUUUCAAGUUUGCUUGAUGUAUUUACUGUAGUUCUUUAUUUACAACAGCAUAUACUUCCAUUGUGCUAUCUCUGUCUAACAAUCACUGCCAAAUAUAAUCUGCCCCAUAGUUUCACUUGAACGUUCUACUGCCCAGUUUAAUAAAUCGCAUGUAAAAUUGUCUGAACACAGAUAUGUUUUGAUGCCAUAUAAUCAAUGUGGCUGUUUUUUUUUCUACUAGAGGGAAGCAGGUUAGAGAGCAGUGUGGAAGGGAAACAGAUGGUAGGCCUUUGUGCUUCCUAACCAGUAAACCUUCAAAUGAACUCUGCUUUGUUUCAAAUUUCUGUGUCUGCAUAUUGGUGGAGUUGAUUUAGCAUGUCAGCAACCAGCAUUAUAUAUAAUUGAAGAAAUUCUUGUAAUGAUUGUCUGUGUGGUUGUGUCCUGACCACCGUGUAGGACUCCAUGUAGCACUUAGGAGAGGGAGAAGCAUUCUGGUGUUUUAAUCUAAUCUUUGUCUGCUACAUCUCUGGCAUACAGAUAGGCCUGUCAGGAUAUUUUGUUCCAGACAUUAUUGUGAUAAAAUGUAUUAUCAUUUUCAGACACAUUUAUGCCAUCCAUAUAAUGGUAAUACAACAAUACAAUUCUACUUUUUUAAAGAGCAAUUAACUUUUUAAUUAUUAAGAAUAUUUCGACAUUGAAAUUAGAAUAUAAUGUAUAAUAUCCUAAAUAAAUAAAAUAAAACCCUUGUUAUAAACAAAGUUGACAUGCUGGCUUAUUUAAGUUAUCAGGCCUUCCUCACUCACAGGAUCAGUAAAACUGAUUGCAGUCAUGUCUGUAUAUUUUGUAUGAUAAAUCGAUAAUGUAAGUAUUGUGACAGGCCAACUUACACAUGUUUAUUACGGACAGAUAGAGCAGAAAACCUACUGACUAAAACACACAUGAUGCUGAGUAUAUCGACUGUACGACACUGAUGUGGCACACAGACUUUAGGUUAAAAAAAUAUAUAUUUUUUUUAUUUCUUGAAGGAAAUGUGGUCAGGGUUGAGUGCUGACUAAAAGCCCAUCUUGUGAAUAUGGAAAACACCUGAUUUUUUUUUUUAAUGCGUUUUUUCUCUUUUUUUGCCAAACAGCUUGGCCAAAUUCAAUUCCUGUAAUGUGUAUUUCACUAAGGAUAACUACCUAUUAAGCCCUCCUUACGUUAAUAUUAAUGCUGUCAACUGAUCAAAAAACAGUAGAACGAAAAUAUUGUUACGUUUGUUUUUCUUUCUCUGCAAAUGUUUUUCUCCGUUUUCUUUUUCAGCGAUUCCUACUGUUGUGGGAGGAAUGAUUUUAAAAGUAAUGUAAUGGUCAGAAUACUCUUUCUUUAUAAGUUAAGGGGUUCUAAUGUUGCCAGUUGAGCUGAAUUGACUUGCAUUCUCCAGUUGUCAUGUGUGUUUAAAUCACGUAUGCUUUUAUCCCUUUUGUUGCCAAAUUAUACUUGAUGUUAUGUUCUGAAAGGAAAAACAAGAAAACAAACUGUAAUACCAAAACAUGCAAGCUCUUUGUUUUACAGAAUUCUAUUUAAGAAUAUUUAAAAAAUGAUUGUUUUGUUUAA